AUGCCGGCACCACCAGCUUGGACCAGACAAUCGCGCGCCGUAUUCCACAACGAGAACAACAGCGGCCUCCUUCGUCUUCCUCGAGAGCUACGCGAUACAAUCUGGAAGUUCGCUGYCCUACCGCGCCACGGAGUCUGCUUGAAGUGCGCAAUUGAGGUCAACGGCGACGGCACUUUGGGAAAAUUCUCGUUACGUCGUACCUUGAUUGAACACGAGAACCAUGUCCAGACAUUCGCUAUCGUUCGCACUCUCUGCCGGAUGUCAAAAGACGAAGCCACGCCGCUCUUCUUCCAAGGAGCCGUUUUCACGGUAUCUGCCCGACAGGACAUCGUGUUGAAAGAAGGCAAAUUUCCCAUCCUCUCGAAACCCCUCCUACCGUGCAGCAUAUCGCAGAUCCGAAAGAUCCGCGCCCACAGCAGUUUUUUGGCCCGCUUUGCUAGCAGCACAGCCGUCGGCGCGCGCGGAACAACUUCCUUUGUGAGACCAUUCAUAAUCAUUAACAAACAUGGAAACUCCACUGUAUCUGCCAGCUGGGAGACAUCACUACAGCAAGCAGUGAGCGCAAAGCUUCUUGGAAGGUAUGCGCGAGACGACAUACUGGACGCCUCCAUUCGCUAUGAUAGUGACGUACUUGCUCGCAUCAGGGACUUUGGGCCUGGCGAGGUGAACAGCACGGCAUGGAUCGAGCAUGCUUUACAUUGUCUCGCCCCUGGCUACUGGGUGACAGGCAAGGUCGUCUUACACGAGGAACUCCGAUACAUCUAUGAUCGGCAACGGAAGAUGAUGGACGCAUUGAAUACCUGGGAGCCGGAGGACAUGCAAGAGACCAUGUGGGAGGUAGACGAGCUCACUGGACACAUGCAGGAGGUUGAAGGAUUCUCGUGGAACCUCUACCAAGACCCCGACGUCCGGCUAUUCCAAAGCCUGCUACAAGGCCUCGCUCGACGUGUGCAAGCGAGCAAGACUCCUUUACGUUUGGGUACGGCAGCCCGCCCACCGACUGUGCGUCGCAGGCUUGUCAAAAAUCAGCACGGAAGAUGGGUCCAGUCGAGCAAAGUGGGGAGCGUUGCAGAUUUGGGGAUGAGUUUUGAGGGUGCUAUCUAG